AUGGCAGGUAAAACCGGCCCUGCCGUGGACCUUCGCCGAUUCAUGGAGAAAAGGCUUGACAUCUACUUGAAUGGCCAUCGCCAUAUAGUAGGCGUUUUGCGCGGUUACGACACUUUCAUGAAUAUCGUUCUGGAUAAUGCCUUAAAGAUCGGUGAUGAGAAGGAGGAGCUAGGAACUGUUGUACUUAGAGGUAAUAGUAUAGUUUGCUGGGAAUGCCUAGAUAAGGUACACACCAGAUAA